AUGCCACCACCUGCCUCCAUAAUAAAACCACCUCAUUCCCGUCGUCAGAAAGCCUGUGAGACUUGCAGACGGCGGAAGGAAAGAUGCGAUGGGCUCCAGCCCUGCGGCAGAUGUUGUACGCGGAAAGUCGCGAGUGAAUGUCGACGGCGGCCUUCCGUCUAUCCGCCUCAACUGCCGCAAAACAACGAUCUUGUUCUUCCCGAAGCUCAUCUCGAUAUCGACGAAAACGAUGUGCCUACUGCUACGUACGAGUCUGAACUUGUGGGGACCCAGCCCGCACCAAUCCCUCAAUUGCACUCUCCGUCUCCAACGAUCUCCAGACAUCUAUCAGCUUCCUUGCCACUCGAGAACCCAAUGGGUUCCACGGUGUCUCUCACAUCUUGUUUGGUUCGUGAUCGCCAGGGAGCAUAUAUGUUCCUCGGUCCCUCGGCAAAUCUGUCCAUGCUGCAGUGCAUCCGAAAGGUCGUUUAUAGCGCGCUCGGGCCGUGCCAAUUCACCGAAGAGCCUCCCCAAAACGACCUUGUCGAUGAAGACCCUGACAUAACAGUCAACUGGGAUACAGCAAGUGUGGAGCCCCAACGGCCCUCGGUGGCGGAUGCCCGUUAUUAUCUAGAGUGGUAUACGAGCGCCACAAGUUGCGUGUUUGAUCUCUUCGGAUACGAAGAGCUCACCGCGGAGAUUAUUUCCUGGUUAGGAAGGGCUGCUUCUGUUGACGCUAGUACUUGCAUUAAUUUCCUCGUCCUUGCCAUCGGGGCUCAGUGUGGACCCGAAGAUCGCGAUUCACAAGCCGAUGCAUAUUUUACGUAUGCGCGGUAUCUGGCGUCAACGCGAUUUCUGGAAGUCACAAAGGUUUCCACAAUACAAAUAUAUUCGCUGAUUGCGAUGUAUUUGCUCAACGCGACACGGCCCAAUGCAGCAAUUAUGCAUCUUGGCGUGGCCAUUCGGACUGCACACUCCUUAGGGAUUCAUCGCCCCGAUAUUUCGACGCUGUUUUCGGCGGAGGAGAACUCCCACCGCGAGCGGAUUUGGAAGGUUUUGCGGGUGUUGGAUCUUUUCCUGAGCAUAUAUCUUGGGCAGCAGCCGUCCACCACGGAGACUCGGGACGCCAUGUCACAGCAGGAGUAUUCAGCUUCCGCCGAUCUGUGCUGUAUAUUUGAAAAAAUUCUCGGUGGGAUCUACAAUCAGCAGGAAGUUUCUCCUACUGUGUUAGAACAUGUCAGCCAGCAUCAUAGGGAAUGGGCUUCUCAUUUCCGAGAAGGUCUGCGGGUUGAUCGGAUAUCCACAGAAGAACAUCAAGAUGGAGACAGAACACCGAACAUCGGUCUCUGUCAUCUCAAGGAAGCAUAUUACUGGAGCAUCAUCCUGGCGACACGACCGUAUUUGAUAGAAUUGGUGCGGAAACAUAUCGCUCGGGAUACCAACACACUCUCGUCAAGUGGCGAGAACGCAUUCGCCUCGCCAAAGCAAGAGCCCGAUACGCUGCUAGCUCAUGCUUCAGUAAACUCAGCCGUGCUUACCAUCAAUCUCCUGGAGGGCUUCCUUCGCGAGGACGGAAUCCCCAAACGUUUACCCUAUAUCAUCAACUCGAUAUUGAAUGCGGCACUCGUGCUUGGAACAGGGUAUUUUGCAGACCUGGACCACCUAUUCCCUCUCAACCAUGCAAUGGGAUUAGCUGAAAAGUUACUGAAUCGCUUCCAAUUCAAUGACACCAUGGCAAGAUGGAGUCUGCGGAUCGUUCGCGAUUUGCGCAAUGUGUGCGAGGAGCAUGUGAAAAGGCGGCGGGAUCGUCGACUGGAUCGUCAAAGAGUGCUCGCCGAGAGCCUCUUUGGCGAUAUUAAAGCGUGCUAUAGCGAGCCUUGGCCACUGCAUUCUUCGCAGCUUUCCCUACAAAGUCUGCCGUCGGGAGAACAUGCUUGCUCCGAAGGUGGAGAUUUUGGACUGCAGUUUUCGGGGUUUGAUGGAGACCUUCGGCUUGAGGAGAACAGUGUGAUAUGGAGUCAGCUGUUCGAUAGUGAGCCUUCCGAUGCUGUCUUCGGGGCUGAAUUUGGGGCGGGGGAGCCUGCGUUUGCCUGGGCGUGA